AUGGUCACAUCUGAACAAGAGCAAGAUAAAACAGCACUUUGUAAAACACCUUCUACACCCUCAGUAUCUGCAGCUGGCUCAUCAAGAAGAUCACGCAUCAAGCCAGCAGUUGUGCCAGUGGCUCGUUCUCGAACAAAUAAUGCCAGCAAAGAUAAAGUAACAACUGGGGUUAGACCUGCAGCUGCAGACCAAAAGGAAGCAAAUUCGUCAGCCUCAAAAGUCCAUAAAUCAUCCAAUAAUGUAGACAAGCCAUCAUUAUUCAGUGAAGAAGGUAGACAGUAAUGAUGUUUUUCUUUCAAUGAAAAAUAUUUUAACAAUGAUGAACUAAAACUGUGAGAUUACAGAACUUAGUAAGUUGGUUUGGCUGUAAUCUUACCAUCUUCUAUAUCACUGUAAAUAUUAUUUAUACAUCUUUCUAUCUUGUAUACUAUUCUAUGUCAUGCCUGGUCAGACAAUCGUACUCCAAUACAGAGUUACUACAUAUGUUAGUCAUUAGAGCAACUCAUUUUAAAUUUAGGGGGGUGUUCCUUGGUGUUGUGGAUAUGGACAGCCAUUUGUGCCAAAGUUACGAAUGGCUGGUGUAAAUCUAAAAUCGUUAGUGCAGAAUUACUUAUGGUUGGUGUUAAACUGCAAUCUAAAGUGCAAAAUCACUAAUUGUUGGUGUUAAACUGCAGUCGUUAGUGCAAAAUAACUAAUGUUAGAUGUUAGACUGCGAUCGUAACUGCAAAAUAUUACUAAUCGUUGAUGUUAAAGUGUGAUCGUAACUGCUAGGCAGCAAUCGUCACCGUUAAAGUAUAAAUGGUUUGGGUAUUGUUCAGUGUCUUUUAUAGCCUGUGAGCAAGCUCUCUCCUUGAUGAUGCCCUGUUACAUUUAAGUUAAAAUUCCAACAAGCUAUAUGGCCUUGAAAUGGCAAUAUGAGCGGCGUGCAAAGAAAGUAGUGUCCGAUAGCCCGGCGCUAGUGGAUUUUGCUAUCAGGCUAGUGAAUUCUGUUCUUAACUUGCCUGACUGGUAAGUGAAGUAUUUUGAGGAAUUCAUCUUACAGAAGAACCGUGAAAUCUAUUCUGCUUAUCAAAAAAUUUGGGGGGCUAGUUGAAAUGACGUUUGGGCUAGUAAAUUGCUAGCUUCAGCUUGCCCAAAUGGCAAGCUGUAAAAAUUACUUUGUUUGCACCCUGAUGAGACAAAUGAAAUGGCAACAAAUGACAUAGAGAUGCAUUGAAACUAAAAUGCUGAUAAGGACAUGGUUCCCCUCAAUAUGUGAAACAACAGGUUUUGAAAUUCUAGACUUGGGACCUAACCAGCCAAAGAGGGCCUCAUUAAGUGAACCUUGGGGGGUACUCUAGACCUGGCCUAUCUAUAAGUAUGAUAAUUAUUAAGGUUUGAUCUUCUACCAGAUUCAACUACUGAGGAAAUCUCAAGGUCAUCCUCCCUAAAAGAGAGAAGUCAACAAGCUAACUCCAGAUGUACAACAGUGGUCAGCCCCUCGGUUACAAACUCUGAACAAAGAUCUCAGCCUGUAGCAGAUCAACCAGUAAUAAAACCGUCACAAUCACAAAAUAAAAACACAACCUGUGACAGUGGAAAUGAGAGUGGAGCACCAUCAUCAUUACCACGCCGUAAGCGAGUUUUACCCAACCUGGGAUCAGCUUCAAGGAGGAGACAUUCUUCUGUCUCCAAGGAAAAUGUUGAGAAGAUUGUUGUAGCAAGAUGUGAAGAAAUUUCUACUACUGAAAAAGAUAUUGGGCAUGUCAGUGUAAGUACAUGUAAGGACAACAUUAAAGCACUUUUUAAAGUUUUCAUUUUGAUGGGGUUUUUUUGGACAUUUUUGCAGUUAUAGUUAUUUAUUUGAAUCUGGAAAUGCACAAACUUCUAUUUCUUUUCUCUUACACUUUUGUUAUCUGUUUUUAACCAAACAAACAAAAAGAAAGAAAUAUUUUGUGCACCUAUAGUAUGUAAGCUGUAAUUGGGACAUUUUAAACAAAUCCUGCUCCCAAAAUGAAGCUGCGGUGACUAGUCAAAAAAUUAUUUUGAUGUGUCACAGCAUUAUGGCACUUAAAAUAGGGCAAUGAAUGCUUUCCUUUCCCUGUUUCCCUAGUUGCUAAAACAAUCUUCCAGCUGUUAGAGCUUUUCUCUGAAUAUAUCACAUUGUGUAAUCCCAGAAAAUAUCUAUACUAACCCCAUGUAGGGGAUUGUGCUCAGCUCAAAGUGGGGAGCAUCACUAGAGUGUCAGUUCUCAGUUUUUGCUCCUAGUUGAUAGAAAGUACUUAUGGUCCAUGUUUAAUUAUUUGAAGGAACAAAGUCCAGUAGAGUGCACUGCAAGCAGGAACAAACGUUUGCAGAGUUUGCCCCAGGAAGAAAAUACAGCAGAUAAUGGGGAGUCCCCUGGUGGUGUUGACUUAGCUGACCAUGAAAAGGACGAUAUUGAAGAGGAGGAAGAGGAUAACAAAAGGAAGGUAUAACAAAAGCUGUACAUGCAAAUUUUAUAUUUAAUCUUGAUACAAAACCCUUUGGAGUAGUCAUGGUAAAUCUUUAUCAUUGAUUCUUGAAAACACUCAAGAAUUUUGGCAAUGAUACUUACAGUUUUUGGGCCAUCGCACGCUAUGAGAAUUGCGUAGCACGCGACAUAAUUCGUGUCUCGUGAGAGGGUGGCUAUUUACUUUUGAGUACAUCAUAGGCACCUCUUGCGACCGGGAGCCUGUUAGGCAGCAGCCUUGAUUAUGGAAUUUCUGUGCUCAUUUCUCAGAUGUCAUUUUUGCAGGGAAACCAGUGUUGGCAUCGUGAAAUGUUGGCUGUUUUCUCGGGCUAGUUUACCCAGGAAGAUAUGAAAUUUAGAGCUUCUAAAAUCACAAGAAACAAAUUCAUUCCUAUCAAUCAUGUGAAAAUUUUGUCAAAUUCCGUCACCGUCCUGCAUAAAAAUGUACAUUUAACAAACAAAAUUGUGUUUGUUCUGAACCCAAAGAUUAGAAGUAUUUCUGCAAAUGCAAAAGAGAACUUCCUGGUGAAACUUUUGGUGGUGCUACAAUGUAUAGCCCACCCAGCCCCAUAGCUCUGCAGUCCUAGACCAUGAGCAUGAUUCCUGGCUACUUUCAUUGGAAACAAAAGGAAACUAGAACCAAAAGACCUUUGAUUCCUAGAUUUUCAGAUCCCCUGAUAUUAAUAUUACAUUUAUCCAGCAGCUUGAAAUUUUUACAACUAUACCAGAUGACUAAUACUCUAUUUAUAAGGAAAGCAACUCCCCUCUCAACUGUACCAUCAAAAUAAUUCUUGAGUGCUGAAGUUACUGACAAACUGAAAAUUUCUACUGUAUAUUUCAGGGUUUGAAGAGGAAACGAGGUAGCAAGCCUCCUAAACCGAAAGAACCUUCAGAUCCCAGUCAGAUGACCAUGCAACACUUAAUUUACUUCAAUCCUAAGACUAACCCUAUGAGGUAAAUCAGUCAGUCGUGUUCUGGCAUAAAAUGAAUAUAAAGAACAGAUUGUGUAGAUCCUCAGGGAGUAAAAUCUGCAUUUUUUUUUGUUUAUGUACAACAUCUUUCCUGUGGAAGCUCUCGUAAGUGGACACUCUUGGGAAGCAAAAAGGAUGUUGGUAACAAGAGCUGUUCACUUAUGAGAAUGUAGAAAUACAGAGUUUGUAUGGGAGUGGACAAAAACGGGGUUUUGUGGAGGCAGCUUUAAGUAGAGCUGUCUGCUUUUGAGAGUGUUCAUUAGGAGAGCCUCCACUGUAUGCACAUUCUUAAUGUUGGCAUGUAGGCAGCUAUGCCCCUGAGAACAAGAUGAGACUCAAGUUUUUCAAGCCCUGUUUGUAACACCAAAAAGCAAACUUGAAAAUUUGGCUCAUGAUACUAUCCAAGCUUGCCUUGGAUAGAAAAGGCACUUGCAGAUAUCUUAUUCAAGCUGGUAACAAAAUGGCUUGCUGAAGGUUCUGUUUUAGUAGUUUAAGCUGAGUUGGGGAAAGGUCAACUAAACAUGUACAGUGUAGAGUUCCAUUUGUUAGGUCAAUAGCAGGAAAGCCUACUGAGAUGUAGAAAUAUUGCAAUUAAGUUAUCACUUUAUUCCAAUAUGUAUUUACCAUAUGUGACUAUUUUCUAUUCUUUUUUGUUUGUAGUUCAACUGCAGCAGGAAGAAAAAAGAAAAAUGAUGAGAAAAGAAAAAGCAGCAAAGGAAAUUCAAAGUGAGCUUAAUAUAAAGUAGUUCAACAAGGUAAAAAAUAAUGAAAUUAUUCAGGUUAAAAGUUGAUUCCAAAAUGGUAAGGUUGAUUUCCCAGUUGGGAAUAAAAUAAAAUAUAAACCAAAAAAAAGUUAUCCGAACUAGUGAUAUACCUGCAGUGCAAACAUUUCAAGGGAUUGACAUACACACUUUAAUUUGGGAUUGUCUUUGCUAUAUAUACAUCAGUGCAAGGCUCUGUAGUGGAAGAAAGGGCAAAAUAGAGGUCAAGAAUGUGUAACGAGACAGGAAAAUAUGAAGCAGAAAGGAAAGCCCGUAGAGAAUUUAAGACUUGAUUCCACACCCACCCUAUUGUUGUUAUCCUGCUAAAAAGAUUGUGAUCUUAAGUUAGAUACACUGCGAGAUUAUAAUGUCAUGUGAGAAUGAUAAAACUUUGCACAACACUCCUGCGUUAGGGACAAUCAAGCCCAUUAAUUGUGAAUUUUGUAGGUUUUUGAGGUAUUAUACAUCAUAAAACUUGCACAACUUGUGGAUGCAUAAUUUAGGAAAAAGCAAAAAGAGCAAUAAAAUCUCUGACAGCUGAUGACAGGUCUGUCAUUAGGAGCCGGGGACGGGGAUUUCCCUCGGCUUCGAUGAAUUUGGUCCCUGGCUACUUUCAUCGGAAAAAAGAAGAAAAGUAGAACCAAAAGAAAUCCCGAGCUGUUUGAUUCCCCACCUGUUGUAUUUAUCCGGCAACUUGAAAUCUUAGUGACGACCUGUGAUGUGUGCAAGUCAUUCACCCUGCUCACUUGAUUGAAAAAAGCAAAUUGGUUUGCAUUAUGUAGUGCCCCCAGCAGUCCAGUCUCUUGAUUGAGUGAUAAAGAAACCACAGUUUCACCACUAACUCUUUGCUACCAAGCAAUGAAGCAUAAAGUGGUAGCUGUGCUAAUUUCAACAGACUUCAUCACAAAACUCAUAACCAUAAAUAAGUUUUAGGUCAUACCAAAAUAAUUAAAAUAACAACUUGCUCCCCACCUUACAAACGUCUGUACAAUUUUUGCGACUUUGGGGUUAUAGAAUGUAUCUUCGCUUCCUUUAGAUGCAUCACUUUAAAACCUGGCAAGUUUACUAGCAUUUUAGUCACUUUUUUCAGCGGUGUCAACAGAUUUUCACCAAACAAUCCUCAUCAAAACUUUUUACAAAAACCUGGAAGGGUCUAUUAUUUAAUAAUUUAUGACUUCUAUAAGAAUUUUCUUUAAAAUAUUUGAAACUGAGAGUCACUGUAUCAUCGGUCCAUUUCAGAAAUAAAGAGCCAGUGGGAGAAACUAGUACUGCAAACAAUCAAGAAGCUGACAGUGAGUCACCAACGAGAACAAAUCAACAACAAAACAGCAAAGAGGUGCAGGGAGUUGAUGAAGCUGAUGCAAGUACUACUGUAGCCCCACGUGUCAAGCUUGAUGCUGAUGGAAACAUAAUUGUGGAUGAAGAAAGGUGCCAGCCAACUGUAAAAUUGCUUUGUUUUCUGAAAUUGAAAAAAAAAACUGUUGAUUUAAUUACUCUUUCUGCAGUUCCCAAUAAGAAUUUUAGCCUCUCUGUAGCUGUUUCAGAGAUUCUGAUGUUUAACAAAUAGAUUUCAUGUUGCCGAGCAUCUGUUCAGUAAUCGAUCACAGAUGAUGUCAAAAUGUGGUAACAACAAAGAAGUGGCAGGAGAGUGUGUCGCUGAUGUUUUCACCACAUUUUGACAACUUCUGUGAUCUAUUACUGGACAGACCCACUGCCCAUACCUGCCACGUACUGCCUUACCUGUUUGAGGGUCUGUGCUAGUUUAGGCGUUUUUUAAUUCCCAAACACUACUUUUUGUCUCAGCUUUUUUUGUUUUUAUCCUUCUUUUAUAUAUAUUUUCCGUGAAAAGUUUUUCAUUGCCUUUUCUUACUCAAAGUAGAAUAAUAGUGAAAACACCUUGCAAAACAGCAAGUCUCUUGUAGUGAUGACACACAAUGGCAACUCUUUUGAAGAUUUCUUGCAGUUUAGGCAUUCUCACGUUGUCAAGAACUCCUCUGAAAAGCUUCUCCUACAAGAGUUUAGCUCAUGCUAGACUUUUUUCGAGGCUUUCACUUGCUUAAUCUGAAAUAAUCUACAAACAUUUUCAAAACCACAUGCCCUGUUAAACAAAACAAAGAAAGCAAGUUUCCUAUGAUGUCAUCCACGUAUCUGUACUCUAACAGAUCAUGGGCAACGACCAAUCACUGCAUGCGUGCAUAGCAUUUACAUCAUUGUAUAGAUUAUUAUGGUAAAUAAACAUUAGUAUUGAUGAUCUGACAUCUAGAACAGUAAUGUUACAGGAUAUGUUUGUUGCAUCCUUUGCACAUGCUGUUGUAUGUUGUUGUGUGUUGUUGGUAAGUGUUGCGCAAAGUUGAAACCGGUCAAAUGUUUAGCCACUUGCAAACAGACGCAACAACUCCCAGCAUUGUUGGGCCAACAAUGUUGGGAGCUGUUUCAUCCAUUAGCAGGUAGCUUUAGUAACAAACUUCUGUUGUGUUGCAGUCUUUUGAUUCCUAAGGCACCUGAGGAAAACCUUGCUGAACGGUGAGUUGUGAGAAUUAUUGUUCUCUAAGAUGGUUGAACCAGCUGUUUCUUGAAUUCUUGCUUGUUUCUUAAUUUUAAGCAGCACAUCCAGUAGAGGACCCUGUACCCAUAGGCCAAGUUCACCGUUAUCUCAGUUGAAAGGAAUUAAAAAGUCAGUUGUAAAGUUACGCAGUCACUUAGAUUCUAUUUUAUUAGUAAUAACAAUCUUGCUUUGUCGUAGUGAAAUUGUGUAUGAAGAUGCAGAUGAAGUUAACUACCUUUCAUACUUGAAACCAAGAAAGGUUGGAAGAUGGUCACUUGAAGGUAUGAUCAGUUCUGUAAAAUUAAGUAGAAAUCAGCCAAUAGAUAGAAGAUCUCUGUUGAGGUUACACAGGGAAAAGCUUGUUUAAAGUCUUUAUUUUUAAUUUUUGAAAUUCAAAAUCCUCACAUAUUUAAGUCCAUAUAAAAGCCGUUGAAUUUUAAAUUUUUAAUGUAGAGCUCCGAAAGUCCUUGAUAACCUGGUGCUUGUCAUACAAUGUUUCUACAAUUAUUGGCGACAAAAAAAAUGAGUUGGGACACUUCGCCCUAUUAACUGUUUUUUUUUUUUUUUUUAUAUUUUAUUGACUUCAAAAGGAGGAAAUAUAGCUUUUCUUCCCCCAUCCCCUCCAUGCAAUGUUGUGCUGCUGUUCGAGCUACCCAUAGAAAACAACAAACACCCCAACUUUGAAUGCAGGGGGGCAGGGCAGGGGUGCAGAUUCUUUUGCUCUCUGAAGUUAUCCUAUUUGAGUACAAUAACUCAACAAUUUUGUUGCCAACUGUAGAUUUUCAAGUGGUUUUAUACUUAAUUUUAUUAAGCAGAUCUCCUUUAAACCCGUUCAUAAUGUUAAUAUUUGUGUGGUUUUGGGGUGCAGAAGGCCUUGAAAAGAACUUUUGUCCCUGAAAACUCUCAGUCCAACAAGCAACACAUGGUUAGACUCUUGGACGGAGGAUCUGGAUGCCUGAGAAAAUUUGACAUGACUAACUGCCUUUAUAUCCUUCAUGAAAACCUUUUCACAUUUAAACCCUUCAAACUGAAUAGAAACCAGUAAAUAUGCCAAACAACACAGCCAUUUUCAGUCCCACGUCUCACACUACAACGUGAAAAUCUUCAAGAGCCACUGUUUCUUCUUGCAGAGACACAGAAGUUCUACAAAGCAUUAAGUCAAGUGGGAACUGACUUUGGCUUGAUGCUGCCACUUUUUCCUAACAGAAUAAGAAAAGAACUCAAGGUUUGUUCUAUAGUUCAUCUUGUUCAAACGCUGUACUUGAAUGGGGGUUAUAUCAAGUUAGUAUGUAAAGAAACAAAAAAAAAUGGCCACAUUGUUAGUACAUGUUUCGUCCAACGUAGCCCUUAAGUACAGUCAGCUAUAUCUGAGUGGUCAGGGGCACCGAACAACUGAUUUUUGGAAAACAUCUGUUCAAAGAAGCCAAUAUAUUAGCCAGAAUUUUUGAUAGCUUGAAGGCUGCUAAAAAUGUCUAGAUCACUGUUCCCUUCAUGGAAGAUUUUUGAAGCUUAUCUAAUAAAUCCCCUACCAUUUGCAUCCAAAAAAAAUUUUAGGAGCAAAAUAUGUCUACGUUGGCAGGCCAUCUUCAGAGCUCUUUUUUGUUCCAAAACCUGUAAUAAUCUUUGUACUCAAUAACUUGUUGAAAUUUCACGGUGCAUGCUAGGGGUUUUUUAAAUAUCAUUAAUUUGUACCUCUGUCACCUCUCAGGCAAAGUUCAAGCUACUUGGCACACUCCCAAGUAGAUUUAACACUACAUGGAUGGUACUAAUUUCAACGUUGUUCAAAUACAGAUACAGUCAAAACCUAUAAGUAAAUAAGGACCUAGAUUUUUUUAGGUCUGGUAAAAAGGCUUUUCUUUAUUAUUUUGGGGUUAGUUAUUGGUGAUUUAGGAAAAUAAGAUUCUUAAUUAGGAUCUUAAUUUCUAUGAAAAAGAUUUUGUUAUUGACUACCAGGGGAUUGUACAGUAGGUUGAGAAUUGGUGAUAACCAGUCUGCACGCAUUGCGCAGGCUGCCGAGAGUUUUGCAAAUUUUUUGUUCCUCCACAACAUCAUUUGGCUUUUUCACUGAUUGUCUAUUUACAUUUUCAGGCCAAAUUCAAGCGAGAAGAAAAGCUACACAGAAGUUUGGUAGAAAAAGCUCUUCGUAAGUAAAAUUAGAAGGAUGGUAGCUGUUUCCUAAACUUCUGAGUUGUUAGAGAACAUUUAAGAACACAGGCAUGAACAUAAAACCUUCAGUAUACAGAGAUGUGGCUGCAAAAAAAAUCUUUGCGUUUGCCAUGUCUUGUGACCAUGCUUCUUAAAACAAGUUGGCAUAUUAAUAUUCAUAUUGAUGAUCAUGAAGUAUUUGUUUAAUAAUUAAUAUCAAAAAAUUUCUCUUACAGGUGUUCGCAAUCCUAUUGAAGUGGAGUUGUUUACCCCUAAAGAUGACAGAGAAGAAAUCGAUGAUGAUGUUGAUGUGGCAAGUACAGACAAUAGUAAUCCCAGUGAAGUGCUACAAAACAGUUUGGAAACAUGAAAUUUAAUAUUGCAUCUACUCAAAAUGGCCGUUUGAGCAUAUCAGAGGAACAUGAGACCAUGUGUCAUGCCUUUAUUUUAGACAACUAGCAAGCUCAGCAGAGUCUAUUUUUUCUUUGGAUUGGGCAUUACAGAUCUUUGUUUUGCUUUUGAUUCCACUCUGUUUCAAGCUCUUAGAGUAAGGAAUGCAGACAUAUUUUACA